AUGGGGAAGAAGAGAAAGCAGACUGCUGAGGAGGACCAGCCAAAUGACGACGCAUCAAGGCCAGCUGAAGAGCCUACGGGGGUCGUCCAGGAUCCCAGGAUGAAGAAGCUGGUGAAGAAGUUCAGACUGGACAAGAUGGCAGAGUCCAAGCUUUGCGAGGUCAUGUCCAAGUGGGACGAGGACAAGCAGUACAGGUAUUUCAAAGAUUUGGGAAAGGUGUUGGGUGAUGCUGUGAAGCCAUCUGCAACCGUAAUGAUCAUUGUGAAAAAGAUCGCCGCUGGUGAGCACUUGUGUCGCCCAGCAUUCAUUGAGUCUAGACCAGAGAACGCCCUUUCUACGGGUUUGGAGUUGAGCGUGAAUCGGCGGCGGGGGGAUAAGUGA